CCCCCCUCUCUCUCUCCCUCUGCCGCGCGAGCCCCGCCGGUGGAAAAGCACAAGGCACGUACCAGGAAUUCGGCCUGUCCAGGAGCAAAAAGUGUGAUUGGAGUGGGACUCGAACCCACGAGGUUUCCCACUAGUACCUGAAACUAGCGCCUUAACCACUCGGCCAUCCAACCAGAAGAUGGAGGAUGGGGCGGGCAUUUGUCCUUUCAAUGACUAGGUUGUGGGCUCUUCUGCCAUUCGGUCCGGCCAAUAGACCCCGGCUUCCCUCGGGUCUUUCAUCGCCAGUGGAGAAGGAGGCCCUUUCCCGCUCCGCCCGGUCUCCAUCAUCAGGUGGACGUGUCGGGCAAGUGUCGACUCUUGAAGGGCCAGAGUGGCGUCCAAAAAAACCAGAAGUCAUGGCCAGAAUCAGAGCCAGAGCCGGAGAGAAAGAGAGAGCGAGAGAGGGCAACGGAGAUACAAAAAAAGCAAUGCCCCGAGCCACGCUGCGAUCGGGGGAAGGUGCAGCCAGCCCGAGAGGUGCAUCCAAGAUCGCGCGUGCUGCCUGGGCACGGUGGAGCAGGCUGAUGUUCCGGGCAACCCCCAUGUAUGGCUGUAUCUCUUCCUCGGGCACAGCAAGGCCAUGCCGGAUGACGGUGCCACGUCUCCGAGGGAAGUGGGGCAUGCCUUCUGGUGGGCAUGCGGGCGCGUGCCGCAGAGCGUCAAAAGGAGCAUCUCCCCGUACGCGCCAUCCGCGUUGAGGGAGCUAUCGCUGUCUCUCUCCCGCCUGUGCGGAGGCCCUCCCCCCCUGUCGAAGAGUGCACACAUCUGCGCGGGCAGCCUUCGCAAGGCCCUCGGACGUCCGCACACAGACAGCCAGGCCCACGUCCGCCAUUGCAGCAGGGAGCACGUGCCACAUUCCGUCUUCGCCACCGUCCUUUGCCCGAGCGCGGAACACCGGGCUUGCGCAUGGGGCAGAAU